AUGGUGAAUGCCUGGACGGUCUAUGGUGCGAUGGCUUUCUUAUGGUGGAACGGCGGCGGUUAUGGUGUGAUGAUUGUGAAGUAUAAUGCGCAGCAGCUCAAACCCGACGCAGCUGCGCCUCCUUUCCCUGAGUCACUGCGCAUUUCGCAUCUGAAACACACAGGAGUUUCAGCAUCACUUGUUUCAGUUACCUCAGGCAUUGCCCAUACCCUCAGCCCCAUCCCCCCCAGUGCCCAUCCCCCCAGUGCCCAUCCCCCAGUGCCCAUCCCCCAGUACCCAUCCCCCAGUGCCCAUCCCCCAGUGCCCAUCCCCCAGUGCCCAUCCCCCAGUGCCCAUCCCCCAGUGCCCAUCCCCCCAGUGCCCAUCCCCCAGUGCCCAUCCCCCAGUGCCCAUCCCCCAGUGCCCAUCCCCCAGUGCCCAUCCCCCAGUACCCAUCCCCCAGUGCCCAUCCCCCAGUGCCCAUCCCCCAGUGCCCAUCCCCCCAAGUGCCCAUACCCCCAGUGCCCAUCCCCCCAGUGCCCAUCCCCCAGUACCCAUCCCCCCAGUGCCCAUCCCCCAGUGCCCAUCCCCCCAGUGCCCAUCCCCCCAGUGCCCAUACCCUCAGCACCCAUCACCCCAGUGCCCAUCCCCCGGUACCCAUCCCCCCAGUGCCCAUAG